AAUCAUUUUUUGUCCAUGUGAAUUGGCUUAUUUGUUUCUCACGCUAAUCUUUUGAUCAGCCAACCAUGGCGUCUGUGUCUUCAUCUGUAGGAUAAAGGAUAACGCUUGAUUGCCCAACCACCUAAAGCUCACAUUGCCACUUUUCUAUGGUGGAUCGAAAAAAUUGUAUAACCACAUCAUUUCCAUCCAUUGAUUGCCAAAAAGGAAAUAUCUACUUUUAUGGGUUUAUGCAAUCUUGAGUCAAUUUGAAUGAAAAUGCCCCCUUGAAAAGGAGGUGGACAUCAACAAAUUAGACUUCCCCAGUGCAUGCUAGUUAGAUAUAUCUGCUAUAAUUGACUUCAGGAUUUCUUAGUUUCUCUUGAAUUGCUGCAUAGCUUGCCGGCCUUGGCCUCUGAAAGUUUUGAAGGAUCUUUCCUGAUGGCCUAUUGCCAUUAUGGGUACUGCUAUUGUGGAAGAUGCCACCGCCCUUCCUCUCCUCUACCAUUCUCAGUCCUGCUAUUCUUGGCGCUUGCAUUGAUGUUGCUUGCCUUGUCAUCUUUAAUCAAAUUUGAGAUAGUAAUGGAAAGUGCUGAGGAUAACAUGACUUGGCUAGUUUUGCUCGCAGCAUUGGCAUUACUAGUCCUUGUUCGUUGGCUGUCAUCUAUGGAUUCUUGUCGGCGACCUCACUAUUGCGGCUGCGGAAGAUGCACUUCCUGGAAGUAUUGCUACUAAACCCACUUUUUCUGAUCCCUGGUUUGUCUAAUACUACAAAUUACCCUGUUCAAUAUAUGUUUUACAAUGUCUUUGAUGAACUGAAUUGUGUGCAUAUAUGAAAUUAAAUUAUAGUUUAGAAAAUUGUUACGGUUUGUAUCUAAGUAUGAGACGAUUCUCAGGAUAAAUCUGGUCUUGGGGAUUCGAAAUUAAUUGUUUACUGUGUUCAAAUAGCAUGUUUUGAAGUUUCAGAACCUCCCGGGCUGAGUAAAAUCCUGUCUCUUUACAUGUCAA